GAGCUGUGCUAAGCGCUGUCCGAGCCGCUGCGGCCGUGGCCAUGGAGGGGACCCCCGGGGCCGUGCCGGGCUUCCUGGCCAAGCUGUGGGCCCUGGUGGAGGACCCGGCCAGCGACCAUGUCAUCGGCUGGAGCCGGAAUGGCCAAAGCUUUUGCAUUCUGGAUGAGCAAAGGUUUGCCAAAGAGCUCCUCCCCAAAUACUUCAAGCACAACAAUAUCUCCAGCUUCAUACGGCAGCUGAAUAUGUAUGGCUUCCGCAAAGUGAUCGCCCUGGAGAGUGGAAUGAUUAUCCAGGAGAAGAGCUCGGCGAUUGAAUUUCAGCAUCCGUUCUUCAAACAGGGGGAAGCCAGCCUUCUGGAAAACAUCAAACGCAAGGUGUCCACGGUGAGAGCGGAGGAUCUCAAAGUGUGCCCGGAAGCCUUGCAGAAAGUGCUCUCCGAAGUCCAGGGGAUGCGGGAGCAGCAGAGCAGCAUGGAUGCCAAGCUGGCCAACAUGAAGAGGGAAAAUAAAGCCCUGUGGAAGGAAGUGGCAAGCCUGAGGCAGAAGCACAGCCAACAGCAGCAGCUGCUGUCUAAGAUCCUCCAGUUCAUCCUGAGUUUAAUGAGAGGAAACUACAUCGUGGGCGUGAAAAGGAACAGGUCGUUACCGGACGCUGCCGGUUCUCCGGCUGCCAAGUACAGUCGUCAGUACAUCCGUAUCCCCGUGGAAGGCGGCGAAGCGGUGGAGAUGUUGGAACGCGGCACUCCAAACGGCGGGGACAGAAGCGGCGUUAUCAUCCGCGAAGUCACCAACACUGUGGACGGCGUCCCCCACGGGCCCCCAAGCCCGGCCCAGCCGAGCGGGAGUAACGGGAACGACCCCGCGGCUCCGGUGCAGGCGGAUGCUCCUGUCGGGCUGGAUCUGGGAAGCCCGGGACUCCCACUUUGCGAAAUCCCUGAGGACUCCUUCAAGGCCGGUGGGUCGGGAAGCGAAGUCCCGGAGCUGCAUUCCACGCAAACCAGUGACUCUGAAGACCCCGCAUCCGUCAUCGACUCCAUCCUGAGCGAGAACAGUUCUUCCGCCGCCAACGAGGCUUUACUGGACAGGGACGAGAUGCAGGAUUUUCUGAACUGCAUUGAAGCCAACCUAGAGGAGCUGCAGUCGAUGCUGUCGGGGAAGAAACUGAAUUACGGUUCCGAGGGCGUCAGUGAGGCUCUCAGUCCCGAGUGUCCCGUUUUGAGGAGGAAUGAGACCGAGACGUCACCCAGAAUGACAGAGGGUCUGGCUUCAAUAAAAAAUGUUGAAGAAGGAGGCAUGAGUGAGUUGGGAGCAGCAGAGAACAAAGCUCCCAGACCUGACGGGGCCCAGAACUUUCUUCCCACAGACAUGCAGCUGGUACAGUACAUUGGCAACCCGCUGCUUUCCCUGUUCGAAGAGCUGCCCACCAGCGAAAGCGGAGAGGACCCUCAGGACACCAAAGACUUUCUCUUCCCCGAGCCGGAAGGCAAGAGGGCCCUGCCGUCUGCCGGGGGCGACCCCGACCCCCUGUCCUUCGGGACGCUGGCCCCCCAGGAGGAGUGCGUGAGUCCCCUUGGGCCCUACGAGCUGCCCCCGCUGUCCGACGACUCCAGUGGGGAGUACAAACUGUUCCCCCUGCUGCUGCUCAGCCCGGUGGCCAACUUCAUCGAGGAAGCCUCCGAAAUUGAGCACACCACGUGAGGCCGAGGCCCACCCUCCGCCCACCCACCGCCCCGCGGGGUACAAGCCGGGGCCCGUAUGCUGGCUCGGGAUUCUCUCCCCCGACCCCUCGGGCUCCGGAUCCUGCGGGGGCUCGGCCCGCGCCACCCCCUUCGCUCCUCCCACCCCCACCCGCCGCCCCUGGGCCAGAAGCCGGCUGGGGCCCUUGGCAAGAAAGGCGACCAUCAUGAGGGAGCGAGAAUAAAGUCCCUACCGAAGCUCCCUCUGCCCCGAGACCCUUCUCACCGUCCUUCUCGACUUGGGGAGAGCGCUUUCUGAGAAGUGGCAGAGCUUGGCACUUUCCUGUCUGCAGGG